UAAUGAAGCAAAAACUAGCCUAUAAAUUAGUUGUCAUUAGAUUUGGAGUAAAUAUAUUCCACUAUUGUUGUUGGUGGUUUCAGUACUGUGUAGAUGAUGGAGUCGUUUCUUGUUGGUUCUCUUCCUAAUGCAUCUUCAUUCACCACUGGUGGAAAUCUCUUGCGGAGUAAACAUCGUGCCAAUAAGAAUAUUUACUAUGCAAGUUCUUAUGCACCAAAAGCUUCACAACAAGAAAGGAAAACUAAAAAAGAAGACAAUAUUUUGAGCUUCCAACGUCCAAGUUUGAACAGUCACUUCAAAUGCAUUGAAGGAUUAUCUACAAAUCAAGAACGCAACAGAAAAUGUGUUGUUCAAGCAUCCCCCAUGCCAUCUUUUGAAUAUGAACAUCAUGCUUCUGGUGCUAAAAAUAUUUUGGACUCUGUAAAAAAUUUCUUGGAAGCUUUCUACAUGUUUUGCACUCCAUACGCAAUGAUUGGCCGAACAAUAAGCACAAUUUCAGCCUGUCUUCUCGCAGUGAAUAAAUUAUCAGAUAUAUCUCCAUUAUUUUUUACUGGCUUGUUACAGAUAAUGAUACCUUUCCUAUUUAUGGAUAUCUAUAUUGCUGGUAUUAAUCAAUUGUUUGAUGUUGAAAUAGACAAGAUAAACAAGCCAUAUCUUCCAUUAGCAUCUGGGAAAUUAUCCAUUACAAGCGGUGUCAUUAUUGUUGCAUCUUGUUUAAUAAUGAGUUUUGGGUCUGCCUGGAUCAUGGGUUCGUGGCCAGUGAUUUGGUCUCUUUUAGCGUGUUCAACGUUGUGGACUUGCUAUUCAGCAAAUGUUCCUCUAUUGAGGUGGAAGAGACGCCCAGUGCUCGCAGCAAUGUGCUUUCUUAUUCCUUGGGCAUUUGUAUUUCCCAUUGCAUUUUUCUUUCACAUACAGACUUUUGUUUUCAAGAGGCCAGCUAUGUUUCCGAGAUCAUUGAAUUUUGUAAUGGUGUUCAUGAGCUUGUACUCGAUAGGAAUAGCAUUGUUCAAGGACUUACCUGACAUUGAAGGAGAUAAAAAACAUGGAAUCUCAACUUUUGCAACACGUUUUGGUCAAAAACCGGUAUUUUGGUUUUGUGUUUCCCUUUUUGAAAUAGCUUUUGGUAUCGCUCUUGGGGUGGGAGCAACAUCAUCUUUCAUGUGGAGUAAAAUUGUCACGGGUAUGGGAAAUGUUGUUCUGGCUUCAGUUCUUUGGCACAAUGCAAAAUCUGUAGAUUUGAAAAGCAAAGCUUCCUUGUCAUCCUUCUACAUGCUUGCCUGGAAGCUCUUAUUUGCAGAGUACCUUCUUAUGCCUUUAGUUAGAUGAGGAAGAACUGAUGGUUAAGAUGAAAAUAAUUUUGUUUGAAUGGUUCCACCUUUGUCAUAGACCGACUUUAAGUCUGUACAUUAGUUCAAGUUGUUCAUUUCAUGUAUCAAUAAGGAACUACUUCUUUUAGGAUUGAUCUUCGUUUGUUGUUAUUAGCGCGCGCUAUCUCCAAAUGAACUCAUGCUUUAAGCAUUGUUAUUACUAAUUUCUUUCUUUUAAUUUUAGAGAAAUUUAAAACUUA